AUGGCCGACUCCGAAUUGCCCCACCGUCCCAAGCCCGAGGAGACUCAGGAUGCCUCCGCUCCCGCCGCGGAAGGCGAGAACAAGAGCGCCAGCAAGAACGCUCUGAAGAAGGCCGCGAAGGAUAAGGCUAAGGCUGAGAAGGCCGCCGCCCGUGCCGCGCAAGAGAAGGCGCAGGCCGCCGCCCAGGAUGCCAACGACACAGCUAAGGAUCUAUACGGCGCCCUCCCCGAGGCUGAGGGACUCGUUACUGCCACAAAGUUCAACGAGCUUUCCGAGGAAUACCACGAAAAGGAGGUCACCCUUGUUGCGCGUGUGGACAAUGCGCGUGUUCAGAGUGCUAAGCUUGCAUUCCUGAUGCUGCGCCAGCAGGGACAGAAGGUGCAGGCUGUCAUUGCGGCCGCGGAGCCCAUCUCCCGACAGAUGAUCAAGUACACUGGUGGAUUGAACGUCAACUCCAUCGUCCAGGUCACCGGUAUCGUGAAGAAGCCCGAGAUUCCCAUUUCCUCUGCGACUAUCAGCCACCUCGAAAUCCACAUCCGCAAGGUCUACAUGAUCUCCGAGGCUGCCCAGAUGCUGCCCAUGCAGGUCAAGGAUGCUGAGCGUCCUCCUCCCGAGAACACUGAUGAGGGUGCCCAGGUUGACGCCGACGGUGCUCCCAUCGUCACCCUCAAGACCCGUCUCGACAACCGUGUCCUCGAUCUGCAGACCGAGACCAGUCAGGCUAUCACCUGGAUCUCCAGCGGUGUGUCCCAGCUCUUCGCCGAGUACAUGAUUAAGAGCGGUUCUCGCUGGAUCUCCACCCCCAAGCUGGUUGGUGCCGCCACCGAGGGUGGUAGCGGUGUCUUCGAGGUCAAGUAUUUCAAGCGCAACGCCUACCUGGCCCAGAGCCCUCAGCUUUACAAGCAGAUGUGUAUUGCUGGUGAUAUGGAGAACGUCUUCGAAAUUGCCCCCGUCUUCCGUGCUGAGGACAGCAACACCCACCGACACUUGACAGAGUUCUCCGGUCUCGAUUUCGAGAAGACUUUCCGUGGUCACUACCACGAGGUUCUUGACUUCGCCGAGGAUCUCCUUGUCUUCAUCCUGACCCAGCUCAAGGAGCGCUACGCCCCCCAGAUCGCCACCGUCCAGAAGUCCUACCCCAAGGCCGGUGACUUCAAGCUCCCCAAGGACGGCAAGGCCCUGCGUCUGAACUACAUGGACGGUGUUGCUCUGCUAAAGGAGGCCGGCGUCGAUGUCUCCGAGCUCGAGAGCUUCGAGAACGACUUCUCCACCGCCAUGGAGAAGCAGCUUGGCCAGAUCAUCCGCGAGAAGUACGAUACCGACUUCUACGUCCUUGACAAAUUCCCCAUGGCCGUGCGUCCCUUCUACACCAAGGCCGAUCCCCAGGACAAGCGCUUCUCCAACUCCUACGACUUCUUCAUGCGUGGUGAGGAGAUCAUGUCCGGUGCCCAGCGUAUCAACGAUAUCAAGGAGCUGGAGGAGUCUAUGCGCGCUAAGGGUCUUGAGCCUAACCAGGAGGGCUUCGAGGACUACCUCAACGCUUUCCGCCAGGGUUGCCCGCCUCACGCUGGUGGUGGUCUCGGCUUGAACCGUAUUGUCAUGUUCUUCCUUGGCUUGCCUAACGUUCGUCUGGCUUCGCUGUUCCCCCGUGACCCCCAGCGUCUGCGCCCUUGA